AUGUGGACUUCCCCUAUCCGGCCAACUGAUGUCCUUAAGCAGCGCGCAUAUGCCACGAAGGCCACUCCGCUGAAGGGAACCAAGUCUCGGAGACGCCUGUAUAUCGUCAGUGGUAUCGUCGUUGCCGCUGCUGGUGCUGUUGCUGUCAGUGACGACGCCCGCUACAUUUGGAUCGCCGCCCAGCGUACUGGAAGAGUCGUCGGCACUCUCGCCCUCAACAUCAACGACUACCGCCGCACUCUCAACCAAUACGAUGCCCUGCCUGAGCCCGACUACCAGGCUCUCCUCAAGGACUGCCACCAGCGCUGCGCCGAACGCACUCUGGUCGUUCUACAAAAGAAUGGCUCCAUCUUCGUCAAGUUGGGACAACAUCUUAGCAGCAUGAACUACCUCCUGCCCUCCGAGUGGUGUGAUACCUUCAUUCCAUUGCAAGACCAAUGCCCCGUGUCUUCCAUGGAGAGCGUCGAGGCCAUGGUACUCAAGGAUACAGGAAACACCCUGUCUCACUACUUCUCCGAGUUCGAGACCAACCCAAUCGGUGCAGCCUCGCUGGCCCAAGUUCACCGUGCUACCCUGCGCGAAACUGGCGAACGUGUCGCUGUCAAGGUCCAACAUCCUGCACUAGAUGAAUGGGCCACUCUCGACCUGGCUCUUACUCGCUUCACCUUCCGUACCCUAAAGCGUUUCUUCCCAGAAUACGACCUGACUUGGCUGAGUGACGAAAUGGACCAGAGUCUCCCGAAGGAGUUGGACUUCGCACUGGAAGGCUCCAACGCUGAACUUGCUCGCAAAUACUUCGCUGAAGUCGCGUACCUACCCGUAAUCAUUCCUAGAGUUCACUGGGCCCAGCGCCGCAUUCUUGUCAUGGACUAUGUAACUGGUCGUAGACCCGACGAUCUAGCCUAUCUUGACGCCAACAACAUCGACCGUGACGAAGUCUCAGCCGCCCUUGCCCGUAUCUUCAACGAGAUGAUCUUCGGCAAGGAUGCUCCCUUGCAUUGCGAUCCGCAUGGCGGCAACAUCGCUAUCCGCUUGAACACCUCCAAACGUGCCCCUAACAACUUCGACGUCAUUCUUUACGAUCACGGUCUCUACCGUGUGCCUGACAAUGCUCUUCGUCGCAGCUACGCCAAGCUAUGGCUUGCUGUUCUGGACGCCGAUGAGCCACGCAUGCGCCAAUACGCAAAAGAGGUGGCCGGAAUCAACGAUAAACAGUUCCCCCUGUUCGCUUCUGCAAUUACUGGCCGCGAUUACCGGGUUGUCACAAAGAGCGUUGCAACCUCUAGGACGGACGAGGAGAAAGAGGCCAUCUCAGACGCGCUAGGCGAUGGUAUGCUUGAGCAACUCGUUCAGCUCCUUGGCCAAGUGCCUCGUGUCAUCCUGCUUAUUCUCAAGACCAAUGAUCUCACACGCAGUCUUGAUGAGAACCUGCACACUCGCCAAGGACCAGUCCGCACCUUCAUGAUUCUAGCACGCUAUGCCGCUCGUGCAGUUUACGAAGAGAAGAUGGAGCUCUUGGCUGCUGCUGGAUUUGGCCCCAGAAGGCUCUGGCGCAGGUUCGCUGCAUGGGCUGAUUUUGCCCGCAUCGAAUUCAAGCUCUCUGCAUUCGAGACAUGGCUCAACAUCAAGAGAUUCCUGGGCAUGCAGCCCACGAUCAUCUAG